GUGCUUACCAGCCGAAAAAGCGAUAGCUUUAGAGUUCUCAACUGAGGCCCCACUAUUUCUUGCCACGGCAGUUGCAGCAUUCAGCUCGAAGGAGAUCAGGAUUAGAAAGAUGCCGCAUGCCGGUGGUGUUUGCCCCACGUGUGGAUGGAGCUGGACCAAAGAGCACGCGAGAAGCGAGUGGGAUUUGUCAAACCCGGAAGCGCGUGCAGAUGCAUUGAUGGCACACUAUGAACAAAAACAUCCAGCCAGCAACCCAAGCCUUCCCAAAAUAGCUCAAGCGCUGAGAAAAAUAGCCAAGCAGGACACAGCAGCAGAAUACGAAGGACAGAAGCAAAAACAAAGAAGAGGGUCGAAUGCUUGUUAUUGGCGGCUGAGGUCGGUUGGGCCAAAAUUGAAGACAAGGAAGAAGCACCCGGAAAGAUAUGGAUGUCGCAUCUGCUCCAUGAGAUUUGCAACCUCCAACGGAGCAAUGAAACAACACGAGAAGGCCCAUGCAGCAAAUGAACCGACGAAGGCAUACAAGGUACUCAUGAGCAGGACACCCACGCGGGCCGCUGUCGGAAGUGUUCAGAAUCUAUACAGACCAGAACGUCACGCUAUCCAUCCCAUUUCUGGGAGGUACUAUCCAGGACCAGGCGUUAGAUUGCACAGCUUCUAUGUUCCGGAAAUACUGCGCUAUCAGUAUCGAAGAAAAAAGUACCUCAGAUGCCCAAAAUGUUGCAAGUGGAAGGUGGAAAAUGAUGAACAAGCGAUGUCGUUGUUGGCGAGGUCAAAAAGAAUUGACUUGUUGAAAAGACACAUGAGGAAGUGCAAAAUAAAGAAAAAAGAAAGAUGCAACCCCUUAUAAGAGCUGUUGAAAAAACACAAGAAAAAGUGCAAAUAAAGAAAAGAAAGAAGCAACCCUUAAAGAGCUCGAAGGAAAAGAAAUAAACCCCCCUUUCCCUUGCAACUAGACUACACCUCGCGAACAGGUAAGUGAAUGAAUGAAUGAAUGAAAUCAUACUACAUAGCUUCUCUGGCCGAAUCAUG